UUGAAUUAAUAGAAAAAUGUUGGGAUGCUGAUCCAUCAAAACGACCAUCCAUAGAAGACUUGUGUAAAAUUUUAAAUGCAUGGAAAGAAUUUCACACCCACUCUGAACUUGCUAAACAAAUUGACGAAUCCGAAAUUGCAAAGAAAAAUAGGAACAAUGAAAGAAAUCCUGAAGAAAAUCAAAUUAUUAGGGAAA